CAGGUAAGGCGGCCCGGAGCCCGGGAGGCGCUCUCCAUCCCGGGGAGGCGCGCAGGCCGCGGGGGGGACUUGGCGCCUGCCGCUGCUCCCCAAGGGAGGGAUUUUGGGCAGCGCAGAGAAAUCUCACUGGGGACUGGGGCAGUAGGGUCCACCCCGAUCCCGGCGACAGCCAGAGAAGUAGCCAGGGGGGACGGUGCCACACUGAGAUUCCUGAGAAUGAAACGUAUAGGCCCAGGGAAAAGUGUUUCCUCGGCCCGCAGACGCUGGAAGGCUUUAGACUUUCCUGCCAGGGGCACCACCGCUGAAUCCCGCGGAGCGGCGCGGAGCCCGUGUCGCUAACCCCUGCCCGGCCUCCCCUCCUCCACCCUCCGCGCGCGGCACCCGCGGCGGCUGUUCCUCGGGGCGCCCCGCGCGGGGGGGUCGCCGUGGGAAAGGGGCGGAGGCCGCGCGGGGGAGGACCGGGACGGAGCCUGGGAAGCCGAGGCGCCGGGUGCCGGGGCGGAGGGCGGCGAGUGUGGCCCCCGAGCCCCGACAGCCUGGGGUAUCGUCGUGCUCCGCUCCCGGUUGCAGACUCUGGUAAGCUGGAUGCCCUCUGUGGAUGAAAGAUGUAUCAUGGAAUGAACCCGAGCAACGGAGAUGGGUUUCUAGAGCCGCAGCGGCAGCAGCCUCAGUGCCCCCAGAGACUCCUGGCCGUGAUCCUGUGGUUUCAACUGGCGCUGUGCUUCGGCCCUGCACAGCUCACAGGCGGGUUCGAUGACCUUCACGUGUGUGCAGAUCCCGGCGUCCCCGAGAAUGGCUUCCGGACCCCCAGCGCAGGGGUUUUCUUUGAAAGCUCUGUAACCCGAUUUCACUGCCAAGACGGAUUCAAGCUGAAGGGUUCUACAAAGCGGCUGUGUAUGAAGCACUUCAAUGGAACCCUAGGUUGGAUCCCGAGUGAUAGACCCAUCUGUGUGCAAGAAAAUUGCCGUAUCCCUCAAAUUGAAGAUGCUGAAAUUCAUAACAAGACAUACAGACUCGGAGAUAAGUUAGUCAUCACUUGUCAUGAAGGAUUCAAGAUCCGUUACCCCGACCUGUACAACCUGGUUUCGUUAUGUCGUGAAGAUGGAAUGUGGGAUAAUCUGCCCAUCUGUCAAGGCUGCCUAAGGCCUCUGGCCUCCUCCAAUGGCUACGUGAACAUCUCUGAGUUCCAGACCUCCUUCCCAGUGGGGACUGUGGUCGCCUAUCGCUGCUUCCCUGGGUUCAAACUCGAGGGGUCCGAGUACCUCGAGUGCUUACACAGCCUUACCUGGUCGUCCAGCCCGCCCCGGUGCCUUGCUCUGGAAGUCUGUCCACUACCUCCAACGGUGAGUCACGGGGAUUUCGUCUGCCACCCGCGGCCUUGUCAGCGCUACAGCCAUGGGACCGUGGUGGAGUUUUACUGCGACCCUGGCUACAGCCUCACCAGCGACUACAAGUAUAUCACCUGCCAGUACGGAGAGUGGUUUCCUUCCUACCAAGUCUACUGCAUCAAAUCAGAGCAAACUUGGCCCAGCACCCACGAGACCCUCCUGACCACGUGGAAGAUCGUGGCAUUCACGGCCACCAGUGUGCUGCUGGUGCUGCUGCUCGUCAUACUGGCCAGGAUGUUCCAGACCAAGUUCAAGGCCCACUUCCCCCCCAGGGGCCCUCCCAGGAGCUCCAGCAGCGACCCUGACUUUGUGGUGGUGGACGGCGUGCCCGUCAUGCUCCCGUCCUACGACGAGGCUGUGAGUGGCAGCUUGCGUGCCUUAGGCCCCAGUUACCUGGCCUCUGUGGGCCAGGGCUGCCCCGUACCCGGGGAUGACCAGAGCCCCCCAGCGUACCCCGGCUCAGAGGACACGGACAGAGGCACGGGGGAGUCAGAAACCUGUGACAGUGUCUCAGGCUCAUCCGAGCUGAUCCAGAGUCUGUGCUCACCUCCCGAGUGCCAAGAGGGCCCCCACCCCGCACCUGACAACCCUGCCACGAUUGCCAGCACGGCGGGGCAGGUGGCAUCCACCAGCCCGGGCAUCGACAUCGCAGAUGAGAUCCCCCUAAUGGAAGAAAGUCCCUAACGGGGCGAAAUCAUGGUGGUUCUGCUGCUCCUGUGGGAAGAGACGUAGUAGCUCGAGGGAGGCCACAGAAGGACUGAGCCUGGGGCGGAGUCUCUAGUUUAUCUGCAGGGCACAGCAGUUCACAUCCUACAUCUCAGAUCAAGAGUGAGGCUGACAAGAGGCAGCAGCAGGACUCGCCGAGGACACGGGGACCCAAGGACAGAGGGGAGAGCCGCAGUCCUGGACGGAGGCACCACGUGCGUCCCGUGGAGCCGUUCCAUGCACGUCCCACCGAAUGCACGUCCCGCUGACUUACGAGUACUCCGGCCCCUCUGAGAGCAUGUCACGUUAUGUGAUCCGCGUCUCAUAUCCACUUCACACUGUCUCUGGACUCCAGGUCAGACAGGUGAGCCUCUGCGGAGUCCGCGUUGGGGCAGGCAGGGCCCCUGCGCUCCCAGUGCGGGCGGCUCCCAAGGAAAGGUUCUCCCGUGGCGCUUGGAAACUGCUCCUUCAUCAGGCCUGCUGGACUCAAAGCAGGACUACAGCAGCAUGUGGCAGUUCCACUGAGGAAGGAAAGGAGAGACAGGCAGACUCUGCUCUCUGGAAAUGUCCUCAAAGAGUAGAGCUCGUGUGCUCUGUGCGGUCCUCCGGGCGCAUCGCCAGUGUUUGUGUUCGUGGUUCCCCACGCGGCCCGUGGCCCUGCGCAAGUCUUGUGACUUUGCACACGGUCAGAUGAGUUCGAAUACAUCCCAUGGUGGAGACGGUAACCAAGGUACUGUUCUGUUUCGGCAUUUUGAAAAGGUUCACUGAACAGUCGAUCUCAGUUGACUGUUGUCAUUGUUGCCCCACCCCAAACUCAACCGUGCUUUGUUUCCAAAACAGACAUUGUUUCUGUGAGCAUAUCCCACCUCCAAAGGAAGUGUAAGGUUGGAUUUCCCCCUUUCAGUAUGAUCUUGUCCUGCAGGGGCAGCUCUGGCCUCCCGCCCCCGGGCCCCUCCCACCCUGCCCUGCCUGCCGCUCUGUUCCCACCCUGAGGGCUCGUGGCGCCCACUGGCUGUUGCUCCUAAGAGCUUGACUGAUAAAAAAUCUUCCCAAAGUGUCCUAACAGUCUCUUCAAACACGCGUUGCUCUGUAGAGUUGAUUCCUUUCCUCUUCUGGGUUUUAGACAAAUAUAAACAAAACUCUGAUCUAUAAAAUGCUAUGCUGAUGGAGCAGUGAGGGCUGGGAGCUUGAUCAAAUCCUGUUUUUUUCUUGACACAGACUGAUUAAAAAUUAAAAAGAAAAUGA